AUGAAACGCCUUCUAUCAAAGCAACCCUCAAAGGCCAGCGACACUCCGUAUUCGCCCGUGUCUUUAAAAUUUUCCAACCGAAAAUCCGGAAUUUCGUUGCAUAGCGCAGAAUCCUUAAGCCUAAAGAGCGAUCAGGCAGACUAUCCACUGGGGAAUAAAAAGGUCCAGAGCCCUAAUCAUAAAAGCCCCCGAAAUGCCCCAAGAAGGGUAAAGUCUCCAAAUCGGGGACAGAUGCCCCAAUCGACGACAAUGUACUCCAUGCUGUCCACGUCUUCUUUAGAUUUGCAGAAGCUCUCCCCGAAGUUCAGCAAGAAAAAAGAAGAGAACGCCGUGGCCGCCAAAUUAAAAAAGGCGGCGCAUAAUUUUGUUGAAGAUGACGACAUCGAUUCACUUUUAAAACUAAUCGAAGACUAUAAAUCGACGUCCCCGGAAGUGAAAGAGGUCAUAGAAAAAGAGAACUGGACCUUGGAGUCCAGGAACAAAGAAUUAUUAGAGUUGUUCAUGACGAAACUCAUUCACGCAUUCCCUAGAAUCGAGUCGACCUUCCAGGCUAUUGUUGGCUUAAAUCAGUACAUAGAGAAGGGCAGCUAUGACAAGGUUAGCGAAUUUAUAAACCUGAAAGUCGUCGUUAAAAUUAUAGAGGGGAAGAGGAGAUUAUCGCCGGUACAUCUGGCCGUUAUAAAUGGUUUGUAA